AUGGGCCGACUACAAGGGCGCAUCACCAAGGAAGAUAUCAGAGAAGCUGGUUUUCGGCGAUGGGAUGGCCAGAACCGAAUCACCACAGAUUGGGUCAACGUAUUCUUUGAACCGGAGCUGUACUGGCCAGAUGGCGAUACGUUCGUCUAUUUGCGAGAGCCUGGGGCAUCUAGCCGCGGCCCAGCUUUCAAAGUCCACACCGUUCGCCUACGUGAGAAAGGCUUCCACUCGCUCUUAAAGAGAUGUGUACCACAGACAAAGCUGCAUCUAAGUACACAGUGCCUCAUCAGCAACUGCCCAGGUUGUCGUGACCAUGGCCUGUCCUACGAGCUGUACAUCCCCGCGCCUCCUCGUUCCGGACUCGAAUCUACUCUGGAUCACCAUACGACGACCAGAAACUUCUUCGCUUGGCUUUAUGCUCUUCCACUCGCAGGCCGAGCGCUCGGCAAGUCAUUAGUGGAUCUGAAAGCCCGUAUCGACCUGUAUCGACCAGCAGAGGACGAGAGGAAUAGCGUCGGAGUGCUUUCCUUUACAGAAAAGCAAAAGUAUCUUGAUUUCCGGGAGUGUGUCGACCAUGCCCUGGCUGCACUACGCCUCGCCGAAGUCCUCCAAGUAGAGGAUCUUUGGAUUGAUGCAUUUGCACACUGCGUUGGCAUGGACCGUUGCGGCCUUCGCGACAGCGUUGAAUAUCCGCAUGUCAGUGCCGAGUCCAAGAUCUUGAUCAACCAGGCACGUCUGGGUCUAGACGUCAAGUUGCAGAAAGUCUCUAAAACUGUUGCCAACUUCUUCGAGGACGAGCUCUCAAGCGCCUUCCUCGGCCUGCCCCAGGUUGCUCGCGAUCAUCUUGACCGCUUUCGCUCCUUCCUACACGCCUACUACAUUGAGCAACACGGCUUCUGGCCUCCCAAUAAAUUCGAAGACGAAGCCGUGCAACGCUUGGUCUGCAAUGGAAUGUAUGUCGACUUCCGCAAUCUCUACAUGCACCUUGUCGACCCAACAAGCUCGGCGUCAAACAUGGAUGCAGACCUGAGUACGACAGGUGGAGUCUGUGUCCUACAGAACGUCAAGUCGUUUGACACACGCCAUCACCUUACACCACUACCACAACCACUGCCAAAGAUGCCUUCAGUGGCGACCGUCAACAUUGGUACGCUCGAGCGCAGGCAGCGGCGAAAUUCGUGGAAUCCUAUCGCUCGUCAUCGAGAGGAUAAGGAGCGACGGAAUGCUCAGCACAUGCAAGCCCUCAUCGAUUCAACAAACCGAGAUUGGACUCUAAUGAAUAAUGUGCUCGUCCGCCGAUACUCCGAAUUCGAGAUUGAGGCGGCGGUCGAUGAGCUCGACACAAUUUCACUUGCCGAUGGUCGCAAAGUCAGGUGGAUUGUGGUGUACGCGAUCUACCAUAUUCUAAUCUCCAUCACACAAGCCCCAAAGCAGGUCCGCAACGCCGAAGGCUUAAGCUACUCGCUUUGCUGCGAAGCGCCUGCGCUGAUGCCGUGGGAAGGAGAUCGUGGCAGGAAGAGUUCUCAAGUCAAGGCCUGUGAUGACACUACACUGGAGCCAGAUACACUGCAUUCACAUACUAAUACCGCUCCGCCAAGUCCGGGUGGCAUCACGCGUACCUUGUCCAAGACGUCUAUCGCGUCCACGCCUGGAGCUGUCAAGCGAAGUACGUCAAGUGUCAGUACCAUUAAGGAGCGGCGGCAGACGAUACACGGUGAUUUCCCUGAGCGAUCAGCUUCCAGCAAGUCGCUCAAACGACGAUCUUCUUCCUUACGGCGCCUCAUGUCUGUGAAAAAGACCGGGGUUGAUGAAGCUGUGCCAGCCGUGCCAGCAUUGCCAAACCUUAAAAUUCCGAACAAACGUGCGGCAUUCUGCGAGAUCUAUGUGCCGGGAUACGGGAAUGGCUUGAAUCAUGUCAAGCUGCAGACGGAAGUCUCGAUGACAGAAUUACCAAUGAUCGAUGGCGACACAACCCCAUCGGUACCACAGCUGCCCGGAAACCCUUCGGUGUCUCGAGAAUCGUCCAACGCUUCGAAUAAUUCUACUUGGUCCAAGACAACCAGCAUGAAUGGCACAGAAGCCAGCACACCUGAUGCCAGUCCGUUGCCGGGUUCAGAGAGCACAUCCGAGCUGGACCUUUUAUGCGAAAAAGCUCAAGCCACCAUCGAGACUCGGGUGAUUGAUCUAAGGGACGACGGACUUGAUACUGUUCAUUUUAAUACCCGCACGUGGGAUGAUAUGCUCAAUGUGCUCGACAAGAGGAAAUUUGGUUUGACGAGAUAA